GGCCUCUGGUCGCGAAUCUACACUUCCUAGACACCUACAAUCCUCUUCCGCCAACAGGACUCGACAGCCGAGCCUUGCAAGAGCACCAUGGCUUUCGGCCAGCUUUUUGCGCGUGACGACGGCGUCGCAGGGUCCAACCGCGACACAGAGAAGGACAACUCGCUGUCCAGCCUGGUGUCGACCCUAGUGCCGACUGCCAUUUCCGCCUUCAUCUUCGUCACUCUGUUCUUGAUCUUCCGCCGCCAUUUCCGCAGGCUCUAUGCCCCGCGUACCUACAUCAACAGCCUGGGCGACCAGCGCAAGACGCCCGCCCCGAGCAAUGGCCUGUUCGGCUGGAUCAAGGACUUCCGACACAUCAAGGAUGAAUACAUCCUCGACCACCAGUCCAUCGACGGCUACCUGUUCGUGCGCUUCUUCAAGCUGCUCAUCGUUGUGUGCUUCCUCGGCUGCUGCAUCACGUGGCCCGUUCUGUUCCCCAUCAAUGCGACCGGCGGCGGGGGCAAGAAGCAGCUUAAUAUGCUCUCCAUGAGCAAUGUCAAGAAUGUCAACCGCUACUAUGCCCAUGCGUUGGUGUCGUUCGUCUUCUUGACCCUGGUCAUGCUCAUCAUUGCCCGCGAAUCCUUCUUCGCCGUCAACCUGCGCCAGGCCUACCGGCGUUCUCCGUGGGGUGCCAGCCGCCUGUCCUCCAAAACCAUCUUAUUCACCAAUGUCCCCAAGAAUAUCACCCAGGCCGCCCUGUUCGAGAUGUUCCCCGGCGUCAAGCAUGCGUGGGUUGCCUCCAAUUGCAAGGCGCUGCAGGAGCUCGUUGAUGAUCGGGAUGAGACCGCGUUGAAGCUCGAGGCUGGCGAAAUCCAGCUGUCCCGCGACGCCAACCAGAACCGAAUCAAGACGGAGAAGGGUAAGAAGGCGUACAAGGCUGGAGAGGGCCUCGAUCACUUCUGCAACCCCAAGGACCGCCCUACCCACCGCCUCAAGUUCCUCAUCGGCAAGAAGGUCGACACCAUCACCUAUGGACGUCAGCACUUGGCCGAGCUCAUCCCCAAGAUCGAGGCCGAGCAGGACAAGCACUGGCAGGGUAAGGCCGAACUGGUUGGUGCCGUCUUCUUGGAAUUCGACACGCAGCGCUCGGCACAGGAUGCCUGGAUGUUGAUGCAGAAGAGGAAGACCAAGCCCAACUCAAAGAUGUCUGCCCGCCAGCUCGGUGUCCUCCCCGAGGAGGUUGUCUGGAACAAUCUGCGCAUUGGCACCGCUGAACACUGGGUUAGGUGGAUCGCCGCAACGGCCUUCAUCUCCGUUGGAAUCAUCUUCUUUGCCAUCCCCGUUGCUGUCGUCGGUAUCAUCUCCAACAUCAACUACCUCACCAAGACGUUUACCUGGCUAGCGUGGAUCAAUGAUAUUCCUAGUGUAAUCCUCGGCGUGGUGACAGGUCUCCUUCCCGUUAUCAUGCUUGCCGUGCUGAUGGCCCUCGUGCCUAUCAUCUGCCGAUUGAUGGCCAAACUUGCUGGUUGGGUGACGCUUAGCCAGGUAGAGUUGCAGACUCAGUCCUGGUACUUUGCCUUCCAGGUUGUUCAGGUCUUCCUCAUCACAACUUGCUCGAGCGCUGCCACUGCCGUGAUACAAAGUGUGCGAGACAAUCCCGGUCAGGUCCUCACUCUGUUGUCUGCAAACCUACCGAAGGCAUCCAACAUCUACAUUAGCUAUUUUAUUCUAUUCGGACUUUCCUCCGCCGCCGGUACCCUGCUCAACAUCGGUGGCUUUGUCGGCAUCGUCUUGCUCGGCCGCAUUCUGCCUGGCAAGACUCCUCGCAAGGUCUGGCAGAAGCUCGUCAAACUCUCCGCACCCAUGUGGGGCUCUGAAUUCCCCAAGUGGACCAACUUGGGUGUGAUUGCGCUCUCCUACUCUGGCAUUGCUCCCCUUGUCCUGGGUUUUGCCACCGUUGGCUUCUCCCUCAUCUACAUCGCCUUCCGCUACAACUUCCUCUACUGCUACGAAACCAACAUCGACACCCAAGGCCAGGCUUACCAGCGUGCCCUUCGCCAGCUCAUCACCGGCGUGUACAUUUCCGAAGGCUGCCUCAUUGGCCUCUUCGCUAUCGCAACCGGCGACAACAAGAUGGCCGCCGGCCCACUUGCCAUCGAAUGCCUCCUUCUCGCCCUCACCAUCAUCGGCCACCUCUGCCUCCGCAGCGCACUUACCAACCAUGAAGCUCGCCUCGCCUACACUGACCCCACGCCCGCAACCACCGAGCUCGAGCACGGCCUCGCCGCCGCCGUCACUCCGGAGAAGUCGGCAGCCGCUCCCUCCUCCCCCGCGGCCGCCCCCAAGCCCACCAAGAUCCCCGCCUUCCUCGCCAAGCUCAUCAACCCAGAGCGCAAUUCGACCGUCGUGCUCUCUUCCAAGCUCGACCAAUACUACCACCAGCCGCAAGAGCCGCUACCCGUCGAGAUUGCCAAGCGCGCGUACUUCAACCCAGCCGUUACCUCGCCGACGCCUAUCCUCUGGAUCGUGCGCGACGAGAUGGGUAUUUCGGCACGCGAGGUCCGCGAUACGAAGAAGGAGGUGCCUGGGCUCGAGAUCACGGACGAGCAGGCGGUGUUUAAUGAGAAGAAUAAGGUGUCGUGGAUUGGGGUUGACGAGGGCAAGGCGAGGGAGGCGCCGAUCUGGGAGGAGAAGAUCGUGUACUGAUCUCCCCACGCGCCAGAUCUUGAAUUGAUGUCUGGAAGGAAGAUAAGGAGGUGUGAUAUGUACCGUCGUGUCUACCCAUCUGUAAGUGUGUUUAAGUGUGUAUGUGUGGUAAUGUUUCUCUUCUAUUGACGAGCGCGCGGUGGAGGGCUGAUUUGAGCGACGAGCACGUGUGAUAUACCCUUAUUGUAGCAUUGCGGAGCAUACAUAGCGGCGAAUCUGAAAAUACUUCAAAAAUAGUCUUGUAAUGCGUAC